GAUAUGUGAGUGAGUGUUCGUAGGUCUCCACCCAGCAGCAGCACAUUACACAGACGUGCCCCUACACAUCCACAGCGCGGCUCCUGCCGUGACUAAUACACUGCCCUGACUGAGCUGUGCGCGGAGUGUGUGGGUCAUAUGACAUUCCUCUGCUCCUCUUUUGUGUAUCAUCCAUUCAUCUCCCAGCAGUGCCUAAGCCAUCACAUUCACAUCACUGAGAGGCUGCAGCGUGGAUUAUAUCACACAGACGUGGAUUUUAUCCUGAAUGUGGUCUGCAGUUCCUGCACAGCCGUCCCUGCUGAAACACUGAACAAGCGACCUCGAUGUACAGAGUACUGCGUAGCUCUUACGUGUGAGCUCAUAGCUCCAUGAAACUGUACUCUUUGAACUAUUCUACCACUACAGAAUGAAGUCAUGUUACAGAAGAAAAUAGAGAACCGCUUUCAAGGCACAAAGUCACCAAAUUAUCAGUUUUGAAAGCCUUUUUGGUUACGCCAUUAGAGUUCAUGAGGUGGAUGUAAUUGAGGUCUCUCAGUAAUGCAACCAACUAUGAAGCUCAUAUAACUAGAGAGAUGCCUGUUAUGCAUACCAUGGGGAGCCCAGAAUGCGGCUUGACCCGAUCUGCUCAACAAACUCUCUCAAGAAGUCACUGCAAAAAUAUCAAGCAGAAAAUCUCUCAGUGGGAAGUCAGGGCCAAUAUCGGCUCCUGUGGAGAUCUACUGGAUUUAAACCUCAGCAGAGGUUCCUGUGAUCAAAAUGAGCUUACAAAAUCCAUAGAAGAUGGACUGGACAAUAGGAUGCGAGGUGUAAGUCGUGGUAAGAACGUGGGCCUGGAUUUCAGGGAAAGGAGUAGAGACAACUUAUUAGCUGGUGAAAAUCACAGAGUGACACAUAGUGAACUAGAUGAUUAUGAGGAACAUAUAGACAAUCUAAGGCAUUAUACCACAAAAGAAAGGACAUUCUUAAAUCCAGAAAUAGACCUUCCGCCAGGGAACUUUUACACCUCUGCAGGAAUGUUCAAGAAAAACAGCGCAAUUUCACAGGAGGACUUAACAGAAAUGGUUUUGGAUUUUAAAAGAAAAAGGGGUAAAAGCAUUUCAACAGAAAAGGAGCUCGAUUAUAGAGGGCUAACAGACCAAAACAUUGGCAUGAAAAGUUUGGAAAAUAUUUAUUACGAUACCGAACUAUUCAGUGUUGUCCCAUCUAUAAACCCUGUCCCUAAGCCACGAAGAACAUUUCGCUAUGCUAACUGUAAUCAUCGUGAGGAGGCUAUGGACAAUUACCACAACCAUAGGAGGAGAAAGUCAGUGGAUGAGAGUGACACGGAAUCUUCCGAUCCGUCUAUCCCAACACCUGAGCCAAAGAAACCUGGCAACAGGAAACUGAGACCUAGAUCCAAAAGGAAAUCCUUUGAAUUUGAAGAUCUUCAAACAUUCAGACGCUUCAUACAACAAACAAACCACCCUGAGAUCUCUGAAGAACCCAGUGAGCCUUCACGGUCCGCUCUAUAUCACACGGUGUCUGAAGACAACAUCUACGAGGAUAUCAUGUAUCCUCAGAAAGAGAAUCCUUAUGAAGAUAUCAAAAUAUCUCCUUUACCCGUGUGGAGGGUCCCAUCCACAUGGAAGAUCCCACCUCCACGUUGUACAAUCAAAGCACCCAAGAUUCCUUCAAAACCAAACUUUUUGAAAAGACAGACAUUGGAGCUGAAAAGCACCAAAUUGUACAUUCACAAGAAGACUACCAAGGACUCCACAUUACCAGUGACACUGAUGGAAUGGAAAGUGUUCAGGAAUGGAGGAGAAACUGCUAAGAAGAGAAAGAAGUUCCCCAGGCUGGUGGUGAAAAUUCAGGAUAUAUUUGAUGCUAAACGCGGAAAGAAGAAGGUUAAGAUCCAGAACUUUGCUGGUCAGGAUACCACUUCAUCAAAAGGAGAAGCAAGUGAAUCUGAAAGUGAGGCAGAGGAUCGCCAGAAAAAACACAAUAAGCGUUUGGCCCAAGUCCAGAGUUCCCUGAAGCGGAACCCUCACUACCAGACUUUGGAGAGAGAUCUCAUUGAACUUCAGGAGCAGCAGUUGUUUGAGUUGUUUGUGGUGGUUUCUUUGCAGAAAAAGCCAUCUGGAAAUAGCUAUAUCCCCUACAUUACUCAGCAGUACCCCAGUAAGAAUGAUCAUCCAUUGAAGCAAUCGAAGGACACAGAGGAGAGGCUCAAAGUUAUCCCACAAUUUUGCUUCCCUGAUUCAAAAGAUUGGGCACCCACAUCCAAUCUCAAAAGUGAAACCUUUUCUUUUGUGCUGACUGGAGAAGAUGGGAGCAGAUGGUUUGGCUAUUGCAGAAAACUUUUGCCUCAGGAUAAAGGUAAACGACUGCCAGAGGUGUACUGUAUGGUCAGCAGACUGGGCUGCUUCAACCUAUUUUCUAAGAUUCUAGAUGAAGUAGAGAAGAGGAGGGUGAUAUCCCCGGCUCUGGUGUCUCCAUUCAUGCGCAGUGUCAUGGAGGCUCCAUUCCCUGCACCUGGACGCACAAUAACUGUGAAGAGCUUUCUGCCGGGAUCAGGAAAUGAGGUGAUUGAGCUUUGCAGGCCGAUGGACUCCCGAUUGGAACACGUAGACUUUGACUGCUUGUUUAGCUGCCUCAGCGUCCCUCACCUCAUCAAGGUGUUUGCCUCGCUUCUACUUGAGAGACGAGUCAUCUUUGUUGCCGACAAUCUUAGCACCUUGUCUAAGUGCGCUCAUGCAGUGCUUGCUGUGCUGUAUCCUUUCACCUGGCAGCACACUUACAUCCCCGUCCUUCCGGCUUCCAUGAUUGAUAUAGUCUGCUCUCCUACUCCAUUCCUUAUCGGCAUCCUGUCAUGUUCAUUACCUCUGCUAAGUGACCUCCCCAUUGAAGAGGUAUUAAUAGUUGAUUUAUGCGCAAACAAGUUUCUGCAGCAGAUAUCGGAUGAAGACGACAUUUUACCUCACAAGCUCCAGUCUGCGCUGUGCCAGAUCUUGGAGCAGAGAAAUGACAUCUUGUAUCAUGAGCAACAUUUCACAGAAGAAGACGUCACUCUGAAUUCUCUGGUAUCAGAAUCCUUUGUGUGGUUCUUUGUGGAGAUUGUUGGACAUUAUUCUUUACACAUGUAUGUGAAUGAGAAGGGUGAGCGGAUUUUCCAGAGAGAGCCCUUUCGCAAGUCGCACACAUCCCGGAGUGUUCGCCAAUUCCUGGACCUCUUUAUGGAGACUCAGAUGUUUGCAGGAUUUACACAGGACAGAGAACUGAGGAAAAGUGUUGUGAGAGGACUUUUUGAGGUUCGAGCCUGUGAAUAUCUAAAGACACUUCCAGAGACAGAGCCCAGCGGAGUCAACAAAUUUUUGAAAGGAUUAAGUAAUAAAAUUAAAUUUCUUCAAAAGAAAUGAUUCAUGUGAAGAACAUGACUAAAGAUUUGGAGUUGGAUUUGAUGGAUGAGAAUCAGUCAGAGUUUGUGACAAUUUCUUACGUGGAUUAUCUAUUAUAUAGGAGAAUGAAAAGAACUCUAAUAAUUGUCUUCCACUGGCUUCUUCUGGAAUGAAGGAACGUUUAAGCAUUGACACAAUGGUGAACUGACCAAUUUAAUGAGUAGAGAAUGGUUGGAUUCUAUCAAAGUCCCUUUCAUGACACACAGAUAGUGGAUAUUUAAAGUUCAUUGGAUGAUCUUGGUCACCUUUGAAUAUUUUGAAUGGCAACAUUGGAUUGGAGUAUUAAUUCUCAGAAGUGCUACAUUUGGGAUGGCUGAGCUUUUCAUCCAAUACUAAAAGUAUUAAGAGACUGGAGUAUCUUUCAUCAAGACUUUUAAUACUAGCCCAGGUGGCCAGCAGAUUUUAUUUGGUAUUACUGUCAUGUAUCCUGGGAAAAAUGCAUGUGUGGGUCUCAUCAACAGAUGGCUACAUUUGGUAAUUCAGACAGCGCAUUACUAUGGCUGAAUGUGGCAGACCUCAAUGAUCAUCAUUCUAAACAGAUGUCUCCAGCAGUCAUUCACAGUGUUAUCAGAUGGAUAUAAUUAUUCAUUUAUGCCCCACUUGAACAGGAAGGACAGUCAAUGAAAGUUAUAAGAAAGCACUUCAUUAUAUAAUUUAUAUGUAAAUACCAGACUAAAUAGACCUUGUCACUGUCAAAAAAAAAAAAAUCUAAAAAAUCUAUAAUUCUAAAAAUAUUACACUAUACCUAAAUAUAAAUUGUACUGGAAUGUCAUGAUUUGAUGUUCUGUGUUGCACUCACUUAAAAUUAAUAUGUACAAACCGGGUGUCACUUACCACUGUGAAAUGUAUCAUAAUACACUCUGGUCUGUUCAUAGUAACGCACAGUAUUCUGUAUAACUUGAGUGGGAUAAUGCUGUUUGAAUCCUGGUUACUUACAUCUACAAUGCAAAGGUCACAGCUUCCUUCAAGUAUUUCUGUAAAUGUUUUAAACUCUAGAAAUGCACUUUAUACAGCAUGUUACAGAUUACAUACAAUGCAAGUGCCUUUCUUACAGUAAGUGUCAGGAUUGCAUUAUGGUGAAUUUAUCAACUGCAGAAUUGUUACAUUAUGCUACCUACAUUUAUAAUGAUAGUUAUGACUGCGAAUAUGAAUAUUUUCUGCAUUCCGUUUUGGAGGUGAUUUGGCAGGUCUUGCAUGCAAAUCUGGAGAACUCCAGUGUCAUUUAAAGUUUUCGUUGAAACCCACCCUUCCCCAUCUCCACAAACAUUACUGAGUUAUUCAUUCUUGGCUUAGAAUGGUCCAGCUUUCUGAUCAUCAUAAUCCUGGCCACAGGCUAAGGCACCUGUAGUAGAUUGAGUAGGUAUAUGGUGGCAGUAAAGUUCUUGGAGGGACACCUACGAUUUUACUGUGGGGGAGGGGGGAACACAUGAUGUUUAGGCACAUAUAUAAGAGUUCUCCUUCAAUAAGAAUACAGAUGUGUAUUUCAUUUAAUGUAGUUCCACAAUGGUUGUUUCAAGUUGUCCUAGAAAUAUUACAUUAUAAAAGUAUGUGAGAGACUCUUAUUUGAAAGUAUAGUUUUAGAUGAAAUCUUCAUAUACUGUACAUAAUAAGCAUGCUACAUAUACAGGAGACACAUAUUUAGAAGGAGGGUACCAUAUAAGGUCACUAUUACAUUUUGGUAUUGUCCCUUCUAGAACCAGAGAAAGGUGCUGCCAUUUUAACCAUUAAAGGGCAUCUCCAUUUGUGUCAUGCGGCUCUGCUGGUGCGGUCUGUCUAGAUCUGUACCCUGUUGUCAAGGUAAAGACAUUCUGAAAAACAGAUUACAGACAAGACUGGAUUACAUCAAGUGUUAGCUGAUAAAUGACAUGUAGUCAAACCCUUGGACGUACUGUACACUAAACUCAUUUAUUAUUAUGAGUUAAACUGGGUAUGCUGUCUAUUAUAGUGCCACAUACAUCUGUGAAUAGUGUAACUUUUGGUUUUGAAUUGUGACUGUAUAAUUGUGUUAAUAUUGUUACUCUUAUAAAAGUGUGCCACGAACAGUGGCAUUUCAGAUUACCAGCUACUAUAGUGAGAAUAAGUGACAUUCACCAAACUUGCUACCAUAUUGUGACAAAGUGUGACUAAUACAGCAGGCUCACCAGGAACGACAGACACUUCUGUUCGAUUCUGUUGUAUCCAUAAUCUGGUAAUAUAAACUAGUACUGAUAUCUGAUUGCAGGAUAUUCCGGUACAUAAGAAGAUACACAAUAGCAGCAUAAUAAUGAAUGAUAAAGACCUAAGGGGGCAUUUACUAAGCAGUGAUAAGAGCAGAGAAAUGAGCCAGUGGAGAAAUUGCCCCAUCAACCAAUCAGCAGCUCUGUAUCAUUUUAUAGUAUGCAAAUUAUAGAUGUUACUUCAGUGCUGAUUGGUUGCCAUGGGCAACUUCUCCACUGGCUCACUUCUCUGCUCUUAUCAUUGCUUAGUAAAUGUCCCCUAGUUUGUUAAAGAACUAGUAUUGUGCAUAGAAAGCUAAUAAACUAUUCACAAACAGUUUCUGUACUAAUUUCCCAUUCAGAAGUUCUUUACUGGCUGGUGAAAUAAAUGAGUGACUAUUAGUCAGUGACCAGCCAAUCCCAUUCAUUGUCUUGCAGUGUUGUUCAUGUGCUGAAUAAAUUCUACUCUUAUUCAUUGAUGAAUUGCAACAUAGAGAUACGUUAAAAUAGUUCACAUAACGUGUUCAUGGUUAAAACAACUGGCUCAUAUUGAGCUUGUACAUUAAUGUCAAAUUAUUACUGUAUAUGCUUUUGCAUUUAUAUUUUGUAGAUAAAUAUGUAAUGCUUUCCUAUGCCCUGUAUAUGUCAAUGUAAUAUUUUUAUACUUCACUCUAAAUAAAGUGUUACAUGGAAUGUG